AUGGCUCUCGAAUCAGAAGUCCCAUCGAUGGCUGUUUCCGGUGAAAGACAACCGGUACCGAUGCCGGACGCCGUUAUGCUGACGGAGUACCUAUCCAGCAAGGAAUCGAGCGUGGUAGAGACGUUGACAAUCGUGGCUAGCGGCAGCAGUACGGUCACAGCGGCGACAGACCGCCUGCGGGAGAAGACGCAGCACGUCGACGCACUGUUGGUGCAGCUGAAGCAGGCUGAGAGGAGUGCCCGGUUGUGA